CUCUUGAACAGCCAUCUGCCACAACGCGUUUCUCGAGGCCGGGUCUCAUUUUACUCAAUAACCCACAAUCUCUUGUUCGUCCGAUUACUCCAUAAUAAUGGUCUGUCUUUCCAUUGGCAGUGCCGUCCAAGCUAGCCUCCAUGCCGAUCGUUCGGUCCUCCUCGAGAUUCUUCACUCAAAAGCAAGAUUGGAACAAACUCGCGCACUUUCUGUUCGGCUCCGUCCUCCAACCGCAUCGGCGCAUGCUAUGGCACCGCUACCGACCUCGACGUCAACGAGUUAGCUCGAUCUGUCAAGGCACUGGUCUAGGAAAUGCGGCGCCCGGGCACAAUGGCGUUCGGUUUGCUCGCUUCCGUCACAUUGGGGGUAUAUAGAACGGGUCUGAAUAGGAUUGGCUUCGAUAUCCUGUUCUAUUAUGACUUAUUUCACCAUCCCACACUGGUGGAAUUUGCCUGUCUUCCUGGCACUCAUCUAUCUUGGAUUGACGCGCAUCCAGUUGGAGUCGCACAAUCUGUAUGACACCUACAGCGAUGGCGAAUUUCCUGUUUUGUCGUGCGAAGGAGUAAAUACGAACGCAGACGCAAGGACGCUUGACGGGCUAUGCAAUAACCUCACCGUCCCCGGAAUGGGCUCCGUCAACACCCGGUUCCAUCGUUUUGUGCCUAUCAACGACACCUGGUCGGAGUCCGGUGGAACCUUGUAUACGCCCAACCCCCGGCUGAUCAGCCAGAAGAUACUCACGAGGGAGACGUUUACGCCGGCCACUUCAAUCAACAUGCUCGCCGUUGCGUGGAUUCAGUUCCAGACACACGAUUGGUUCAGCCACGGCGCCGAAAACGAUCCCGACUCGAAAGACAUGCUUAUUUGGGACCUGCCUCGCGACGAUCCCCUUCGUGCCACGGGGCAAACGAACAUGACGUUGCGCCGCACAGUAUUCCAAACCCACGACGGCCGACCCAACACAUACACAAAUACCCAGACCCAUUGGUGGGAUCUCAGCCCAAUCUAUGGCGUCGACGAUGCCACGCAUAUCAAAUUGCGUUCCUUGGUGGAUGGGAAGAUGAGGGUUGCUGAGGACGGGCUAUUGCCGAGGAAUGAGGAGAAUGGGAUCGAUGCAACAGGAUUCAGCGACGACUGGUGGGUUGGACUGUCGCUGAUGCACAACAUAUGGACGAAGGAGCACAAUGCCGUGGCAGACAUGUUUAAGCACGCUUAUCCCUCUUGGAACGACCAGGAGAUCUUCGACCACGCUCGUCUCGUCACUUGCGCCCUGAACGCGAAAGUGCACACUGUCGAAUGGACACCUGCCUUGCUGCAGGAUGAAACGCUGCAGAUCGCCAUGGACGCCAACUGGUACGGGCUCGCCCCAGAAUGGCUUCGGGGGUUCCCCAACAUAUUCAAUCAGCAGAUUGCACAAGUCUGGUUCGGGAUCAUGGGAGGCAAGCCUGAUUUCGCGGGUGUACCGUUUGCGCAUAGCGAAGAGUUCGUGAGUGUGUACCGGUUCCAUUCGCUACUUCUAGACGCGAUUACUGUGCUCAAUCACACCGAUGGAUCGAGCACUGGAAAAUCAUACGACAUCAACGAGUACACCUUUUCCAAUGCUUGGGACGUUGUCCACGACAACGACUUCAGCGACCUAGUCUUCACUUUUGGCGCGGACUAUCCUGGCGCACUCCAGCUCGGCAACUACCCGAAGGCUAUGCAGAACCUGAAGAAGCCUGGAGUGUCUUAUGCCCUGGACAUGGGCGCAGUCGACAUUAUCCGUGACCGUGAGCGUGGUGUGCCGCGGUACAACGAGUUCCGACGACUCUUCUCACUCAUUCCGGCAAAGACAAUGGCCGACAUCUCCGACAAUCCGGCCACCGUUGCCGCGCUCCGCUCGGUCUACGGUGAGGACGUUGAAAGCGUUGAUAUGCUUGUCGGGUGUUUGGCCGAGAGCCCUCGCGCAACCGGAUUUGCGUUCAGCAACACCCAGUUCCAAGCAUUCAUUCUCGCUGCAUCGAGGCGGCUGAUGACAGAUCGGUUCUUCACCACUGAUUAUACUCCCGCAAUUUACACUCAAGAAGGAUUAGACUGGAUCGCAAAUUCGGAUUUCCGUCAAGUUAUCGGACGGAACAUGCCUGAACUCAAUGCUUCAGCUCAUUCCGUGGACAAUGCGUUCAAACCAUGGGUGGUGCCCAGAACUAAGUAAAUUUAGUGAAGUACAAGUGCAGUGUAUCAAUACUUUAUCGGUAUUCAGAUACGAUUACAUUGUCGUUUUCUCGCACAUGAACGCUCGAGCUGCACUAGGCACCAAUCAGUGCUCG